UAAACCAGAAUCCGAACUACAAGACGUGAACAUAUGGAGCAUGAUUGCCAUAUUGUUUGAAUAUCUUUACUUAAAGGUGAUGUAAAGUCCGUAAUGUAAACAAACGCUUUGUUUACAUUUUGAACUCAGUGCUACAGUUGUAAAAUAUGAUUAGAUAUAUAUUAUACUGAAUUUUUAACACUCUCCCGGUUCGCUAUGCUUGUAAAUGAAUGCAGACUAGAGAUUCAAUUCAAGAAAGUUCGGAAGGUGCGAAAUAUUAACAACAUUCCAAAGGUUGCUCCCCCACUGAUGGAAUGUGUUGAUGCGCGGAAUAUAUGCGCAGAACGGACUUUACAGCAUCUUUAAAUAUUGAAUCGAACACGUAAUCCAAAGAUAGACUUGAUUUCUUAAAUAAUUCAUUUUACGUUAUAUAUAAUUUGGUAAUAAUUACUUUUAAUUUAGAAAAAGGGGGAUGUAAUAUAUGCUCAUAUAUAGUAGCUAUAUACACACAUCAAUUAGGUUGAUUGACAGUUCAUAUCAUAAUCACUAGCACAUAUAAUUGUAAUAGGAACCUCAAGGGCACUCGCUAGAACACCUAGACAUAAUCAGAUGUGUAUCUUUUACUUAUAAAGCUUUUUUUUCUUUUUUUUUUCAAUUUAUUCAUAUAAUAAUACGUACAUACAUUAAUAAGACAAGCCGCUAAUAGCUACAAAGCUAGUCGAGGCGGCUUGUCUAUAGUGACACAGUUACAAAGCCAUUGAUUAUAUAUCAAAUUAUAUAUACAUAAUAUGAAAUAAUUUUCAAUGAAAUUACAUAUUAAUAAACUUAACGUUUUUAGAAAGGAAAAAAAAAGUAAUAAUAAUAAUAUACUGUAUAUCAAUUAAGAACAGGGAAAAAAGUGGGAGUUAACACUUCAAUUUGAGGCUUCAUUGCGUGAUAUUUUCUUAAUUUUACAGCUGAGCGACUCUAUGUCCGGAUAAGUGUUUUCAUUCUGUAAAAUGUCCAAAAGGAUACUACGUAUCCUUUUCUUAAAUGCUCUUUUUGGCAAUUCUCUUAUGCAAGAUGGUACCUCAUUCCACCAUUUUACUCCAACAUGAGAAAAAGACUUUCGUUGAAUUUCUAGUUUCGAUUGUUUAAUGUAAAAAUUAUUUGACUUUGAAGAACGAGUAUUAUAAGAAUGAAUAUCUAACGUUUUCUGGAAAAGAUUGAGAAUAUUGACUGGUGCGCAACUCUAUUUUUAACAUCAUGCAUCAAUGUAAGUACAUUUUCGUAGAAUAAGAUAUUUACUGGUAAAAUAUUUGUAGCAACAAGGUAUUGCGUGUUCUCGUUUAUCUGAAAAAUGGAUGAAGCGAAGAACACGUUUUUGCAAAACUAAGAUAUUACUCCAAUUUGACUUGCUUGUCUGACCCCAGAUAACAAGACAAUAGGAGAGAUAUGGACCUAUUAGCGAUUUAUAAAUAUUAAGUAAAGUAUGUUUAGGUACAAAGUGCCUUAAUUUUGAAAUCAUGCCUACAGUUUUACUUAUUUUACUUAGAACAUGUUCUACAUGAUAUUUCCAUGAGAGAUUCUUGUCCAUUAAAACCCCUAGAUAUUUAAUAUAAUCUUCACAAUUAAGCUCUGUAUAUCCAUUCAAUUCGUUAUUAUACAUUUUGAUAAUAGGCUGAUAUACUAAUUUCUUUUGAUAUGGAUGAAAAAUAACAAAAUUAGACUUUUUUAAAUUAAAACUAAGUUUAUUUGAACUAAGCCAGUCAUAUAAAUGGCAAAGUUCUUCAUUAACAAGUUUUUCAAGAGAUUUAAGGUCUUUUUCGGAAAAGAGUAGAUUUGUAUCAUCAGCAAAUAGAUAAAAUUUAAAUUUCUUAGAGCAAUUUUCAAUAUCAUUAAUAUAAAGCAAGAAAAGUAAUGGACCCAAAACCGAUCCUUGAGGCACGCCACACGUUAUUGUAGCCUUUUUGGAUAUGUGAUUACCAAUUUGUGUAGUUUGCGUUCUACCAUUUAAAUAUGAACUAAACCAAUCAAUUAUUCCUCUAAAUCCGUAAUAACAUAAUUUUUGUAAAAGAAUUUCAUGAUCAACGGUAUCAAAAGCUUUUUUUAAAUCAAUAAAUACUCCGCACGAAAAUAAUUUCUUAGCCAUAUUUGACUGAAUGGUAUUAACAAUAUCAAGAAUUGCAUGUUCAGUUGAAUGCAAUUCUCGAUAACCAUACUGACAAGAAGAAAGGAUAGCAUGUUUUUGAAUAAAGCUCUGCAUCCUUUUAUACAUCAUCUUUUCAAAAAGUCUAUUAAAAUUAGAUAAUAACGAUAUCGGCCGGUAAUUAUUAGCAUCAGUCCUGUCAUCAUUUUUAAAUAUUGGAAUGAUUUUUGACAUUUUUAAUUUGGAUGGAUAUACUCCUAACUCAAUUGAUAAAUUAAAUAAUCUACACAAUACGUAACUAAUAAUAUCGCUGGCACAUUUCAAUAUCUGAGAGGGACAAGAAUAUAAACCAUGUGCUUUGUUGAUUGGAAGUGCUAAAAUCUCAAGUUUCACUUCAACAGGAGUAAUUAGAUUAAAACAAAACGAAUCUCGCGGAGAUUUAGAUUUUAUAAGAAAGUCGGAAUAGUGCUUUAGCGGGUCUAGUAACUGGUUAGCCAAUUUAUGUCCAACUGAUGCAAAAUGAUUAUUUAAUAUAUCUGGGAUAUGGGUUACGUUUCGUAUAAGUCUAUUACCAUUAUUAUGGUCUUUGAUAGCUUGAAUGCAGGAUGAUUUCUGAGUUUUACGAUUCAUAAUAGUAUUGAUUCCUUCCCAUGUUUUUUUCAUAUUCGUCAAAUGUUUGUUAAAAUAUUCACAAUAAUAGUUAGCUUUACUUAAUCGUAUUAAUCUUUGUAUUCGAUUUCUGCAUAUUUUAUACUCAGACUGUUUUCGUCAGCAUAUAGUUGAUUUUUGUGUUUAAUAGCUGUUCUUAUUCCUUUAGUAAUCCAAGGUUUCGAGAGCCGUUUAGCUUGACGACGCGAUAUCAGUUUGAUUGGAGCGUGUUUAUUCAGUAUCGCAUUAAUUCUUUUAUAAAUAAAGCAAAAUGUUUUAUCAAUAUCCCUAUCCCCUUUUAGGAAUAUUUCAUCCCAAUCUGUGAGAGACAAUUCAUUGUUAAAAUUAACAGCAGAAAAUUGUGAAAAAUCACGUCGUUGUUGGUUUAUUGGUAUUUCUAUUUUAUCCUUAGUUGAUUUAAAAAUACAGAAUUGAGAGAAAUGAUCAGUUAUAUCAGAAAUUAUAUUCCCACUAAUUGUUACUCGUUCCGGCAUAUUUAUGAAAAUAUUAUCUAUCAAUGUUGCAGAAUUAUUAUAAACCCGAGUAGGCUUAUCAAUGGAGGGAAUGAGGUAACAACUUUGCAACUUUGUAAAGAAAUCUUAUAUAAGCACAUAGAAGCAUUACAAACAUCAACAAGCCUUUUAUCAGUUCAAACACCUUCUGACUAGUGACACUGCUCUUGCGUAUUUCAACCCCACAAGCAAGCCACCAAUCUGACAAAACCAACCUAGCUGAUUACCUGUCCCGUCAUCCUCUCACUAUCAUUCUACCGCAUCCACGCAAGCCGAAGAGUACAUUUCGUUCCUUGCUAAUUAUACUACCGUGCCAAAGCUAUGACCGUCGUUGAAGUUAAACAGUCUACCCGUGCUGACCCACUUUGCAAUUCGUCAUCGAUGCACUUCGCAACAAUUUCUGGCACUCCGUUCUUACCACUCCAGGUCCGCUUAUCAACUGCCAAGAUCUCAAAGCCUUCAAAUUCGCGAUGAACUGACUGUCUGAUGACCGUGAUCUAGUCCUUCGUUUCCAUCGUCUUAUCCUUGCUCACGCCCUUUGCCAACGUGACCUCAAUCUCGCCCAUGAAGGUCGUCGGGGUCUCACUAAACCAAACAACUCCGAGAAAAGAUUUUUGUUUCCUGGCAUCGACGGAAUGACGAAAACGUUACUUGACAACUGUCUCGCUUGUCAAACGAAUGUGAUCCAACAGCCUCCCGAACCAUUACACAUGACCGACUUACCACUAGACCCAUGGCAAAAUCUUUCAGUUGAUUUAUGUGGCCCUCUUCCAUCAGGUGAUAUGCUCUUGGUGAUAAUCGAUGAAUACUCCCGAUAUCCUGAGGUUGAAAUUUUACGCUCCACCUCCGCGAAUACAGUCAUUCCGAAACUUAAUCGCAUUUUAGCUACCCAUGGUAUUCCAGCUGAAAUCAAAUCUGACAACGGUCCUCCGUUUCAAAGUCAUGUUUUUGCUCCGUUUGCGCAACAUAUGGGUGGUUGUGUGGCCGAAAGCCAAUUCCGAAUCUAAACGUUUCAUGCGCACCCUUCAAAAAACCCUACGUGCUGCCCAUCUUGAAGAUAAAAAUUGGAAACGAGCAUUGUUUCGUUUCUUUCGCACAUACCGUGCCAGUGGUGCCACACCCCAUUCUACCACCGGAAUUUCUCCCGCCGAGUUCCUCUUUGGAUGGAAUCUUACCGUGCAGUUAUCCAAACUUGUCCAACCCUCACCCUCACGUUCCUUAUUUGCACUCACGGAUUUCACUAAAAAGGAGAAGAUGCAGAUACAGCGUCAAAAGCGAAACCUCACACGCUUCAAGUUGGUGACACGGUCCUAGUUCGUCAGAAACGCCUAAACAAAUUAUAUCGCUGUACAACACACAACAUCAGUACCAUAACUCAAGUUCAAACAAGUCCAUUCAAGACUCAGAAUUUGAGGAUGACGGCGAUGAAUGAUCCAAUACCAGAACCUCCGACCGAAAGAAAAUAUCCUGCUAGAGAGAACAAGCGACUUCCAGAACGUCUGAACAUUGAAUAUGAACAUUAACAUUUCGUAAACUUCACGACAUAUGGGCACUACAUAGUUCUGAUUAUUCAAUUCUAUUUUGUACUAUAUCAUUCAGUGACUGACGAACUCCUAUUUACAACAAGGGAGGGAUGUAAUAAUGUGACGUCAUGUGAAUUAUGUGUUUAUGAGUAUCAGUAUUAAUUAAUAUAACCUGCAUCAGACAAGCAAGUCUUACUUUGAAUUAUAAACUACAUUAUACAAAUAUUACAGCCUCCCUGCAGUUCUCUGAAAGAUGGAUUUCCUAAUUCAUCCGAAUACAAUGAGAAAUGCUGUUUCAUUUUGUGCUUAAUUAAAUUUUAGGUAUAUAUGCAGCAGCGAAUGAUCUUGAGACGGAAUGGGCUGUUAUAAAAGGAGUAUCGAGUUUUGCAGGACGUGAAGACAUGACAGAACCUUGGCAGAUAUUUGCUAGUACAAUGGCAGCGUCUGUUGUAUACAAUAUGUUCAAAUAUUCUGUUGUGCUAGAAGAUUGGCCUCGCAAUAAAGAAACGCAAGGUAAUUGCUAAACUAUAACUAUAAGUGCUUGGCGUUUUUCAUCGUUAAUAAUGGCAGCGGUAUUUGCACCCAGAUGAAAGGUUCCACAUCUAGGGUAUAACAAGCCAAUAAUCGUCCGUAAAGUUCAAAUUCUGAUUAAGAUCUACAUUUUCACAUUUAAUAUUUGUUUCAGACGACGAACCGUGGUCUGCUCCAGUCGCAUCGAAUAAUACAAAUACAAGUAGUCAAAGUCCAGAAUUCGACGAUGAAAGCCACCCUUCAAAGUCUGAAACAACAGUCAAGCCUGAAGCAGGUAUUUCAUAUUUUUAUACAGUUUUGCUAUGCCCUUGCAAGUCUGGGUAUAGAAAAAUGCAAUCGCUUUGUACAACAAAUUGGUUAAGGUGGCUCCCUACAGUUAGUACGAUCUAAAAAACAUGAAUCAUAUACAUCAGAAGUCAUCUCCUAAGAUUGAAAAAGAGUGUUUUGGAUGAUAUCAGGAUUUGGGGAAUCUCACUCGAAACUGUGGUCCUGCUAUUCCGGUGGUCCGGUGGAGCGCUCUAACCAACUGAGCUACAGAGUCCAGUUGUCGAACUUUGGUUAGAGCAAUUCAUUGGAAUCGCAGGACCGCAUGCAGGUUCGAUUCAUGCCAGAAAUAAUUGCAUUUUUCGCAAUUUCUCCUGAUUAGGUUUAGUUCGCGCGUUCGCGCAAAUUGUCUGGUACUUUUACCUAUUAAUCUUUUCCGAAACUUUGCACUCGAUGGUUGCGGCCGCUACCACUAUACCGCAACCAUCGAGUGCAAAGUUUCGGAAAAUAUUAAUUCAACGAAAGAGGAACAAAAGGAGAACACACACUAUCAAAUUAGCAAACAAAUUUGAUUUUAAAAGAUAUGUUUUAUGACAUUUUUACUGCAAUAUACAUUACUAUACUGACAGUCCCUUGCAAGAUUGGGCCGCCUGUGAUCUCACUCGACAGAACUAAAUUCACACUGUCUCGAAAUUUCCAUAUACAAAAACAUUUCGGCAUUUAACCAUACUGUGUACUUCUAAUUGGAAAAUAUAUAUUAUGUUGUGUAGACUUAAUUGAACAACAUUUGUUGCAAAUGAAAAUUGGUCAUCGUAACUGGUUGGCUGUUGGUCAAGCGCUCGUGCCCCUCUGCCUUGGCCUACGGAAAUAUGCUGAGCGUGAAAUGAAAAAACUUCAUGCUUUGAUAACAACAAAUGUCGGUGGAGUCAAGUGCUACUGUACGUGUACCUAUGGGAAAAAACCAAAACCUCGUGGACCAGCCCACCCUCAUGGACGACCAAGAACACGUUGCAUUUGGGCUCGAGAAUUGAAAAAUCAUCAUGUUUUCCCACAAAAAGAAGAAAUUUCGUGGCAUCAAAGCGUGGGUAGCCGAUGGGAUGAUCCAGUCCAUGGAUACUGGGAGAUUGCAAAGUUGUUCAUGUCUGAUUUGGGGGGAAAUUGGGCCACAACUACGGAUCCUGCCACUACUGAUUUUGGAUCUCUUCUUAGCUUGCUAAUGUUUUGUAAUCAUUUCAAAAUUCGACAAUCCAGAUUGGAAGCUGUUAAAUAUUGGAAAUAUACGUGGAUCCGUACGCGUUCACAAACUUUUACCGACAAGGAGAAGAAAGAUGCUUUUACAGACAUUGAUAACUUAAUGACUGACCGUCAGCUAGAAAGCAUCAAAGAAGUUCAAGACUGUCGUCAAAGUAUUAAAGAAAUAGAAAAAGAAGAGAAAGAUUUAAAGAUUUCUUGGAAUCAACAACUUAAAGAGGCAAGAGAAGAAAUAAAGAUAAAGGAGACAAAAGAUGAAAUAAAGGUGGCAGAAGGAGAGGUAAAGGAGACAAAAGAAGAAAUUAAUGAGACAAAAGAAGAAUUAGAGGUGGGAGAAGAAGAAAUAAAGGAGACAAAAGAAGAACUAAAGGAGACAAAAGGAAAAAUAGAGGUGGCAGAAGGAGAGGUAAGGGAGACGAAAGAAGAAAUUAAUGAGACAAAAGAAGUAAAGGUGGCAGAAGAAGAAACAAAGGGGACAAAAGAAGAAAUAAAGGAGACAAAAGGAAAAUUAGAGGUGGCAGAAGGAGCGGUAAAGGAGACAAAAGAAGAAAUUAAUGAGAUAAAAGAAGAAUUAAAGGUGGCAAAGGAUAAAAUAGGUGUUGUUAGAACAAUAUUAUUAUCCUUUUUCCGCAACAUUCUUUGGUUGCUGUGGUUCUUGACGGUAUUUUUAAUGUUUUGUGACAGAAGUGUGAUGGUAGAUGAUGGUAAGAUAUGUUUUAAACUUAACACCUAAUUAAUCAAUGUGCACAAAACGUUCCCCUAGAGUAUAACUAAGUAUUUACUAAUCUUGCAUUUACUAAGGUAGUAAAAUAUUAUACAAACCAGACACAGUACUAAAAUUCGAUGCCCUACAAAUAAAACUUCCGCCGUUUCCGCCUACAUCUACAAGUAAAGUUGUAUUUAGUACGCUACAUCCUCCUGUCGGCCUCCAGUUGGUCCAUACGUUAGGAUUAAAAGUAAACUGCGCUUUAAACGUUUAAAAUAAAAUAUUUUGGGCACCGCAAUGUUCAAAUCCAAAAAUUCUAAAAUAUCCAACAAACAAGUCGCAAAAUGGUUUUAACGAAGAGGUACUCAGUGCUGUAUAAAAUAUUGACAUUCAUUUUCCUGAACAUUAUCGUAAAAAUAUAUAUCUUUACACCACUGAUCGGAAAACUUGGAUUGGAUUGGAUAGAAUAUACUUUUGAACACAAUCAGUCAUUUUUGAAGCCUGAAUAUAUAUUUAAAACGAGAUGAGAUUUAUUUAGUAAAGUCCAGAAAAAUCUCUGCAUAUCAGAUCUCGACGUGCUUAAAAUAGCUACAAUAUCAAACAAAUGUUGCUUGUCACACCUCUUCUAAUGAGUUUUAGAACGUUUUGAACAGUAGAUAAUGAGACUUGUGCAGCCAUUGUGGUGAGACCAUUAGGUAUUCACGGGCAAAUUUAAGAGGGAAAAGAGGCCACUACUGAUAAAUCUCUACUAACCACCAUUAAUCAGAAACUGUAAGAACCUCUUCCAACAUGUCACUAACACCACAGUAGGUUUGGUGUGGUCACCAUUGGCUUCAUGUAUGCAUAGUGGUUGCAAUACCCAGUCCUAGUUUUCAGAUCAGUGUUUUUGCUUUGCGUGAAUUAUGGAUUUCAAUUGAAUUCUAUUGGCCUCUUCAUGAAAGUGAGGUUUAAAUGAGCUACGAUGACUACACGAUUAGGAUUUUGACGGAUUGAAUUUAACGAAAACCAAACUGUGCAAUAGACCUUUCUUAUAAUGACGUCAAGCGCGGAAAAACCCUUAAUGCGAUGCCCCAAGGGACAAUUUUUAGCGACCAUUCGCAAUGCAAAUGAUGUUUUUAUGAAAUUUAUUGACUCGCCAACGAGUUGCAUUGUAAUGUGGGACGUCACAUUCUGCGUUUGACGCCAUAAGAAAGGUCUAUAGAGCGUUUGCACAUGACGUCACAGCCGCCAUGUUGGUGUUCCAAUUCAAAAGAAUUUUAAUUAGACUCUUUUGUCUGGAACACCAACAUGGCCGCCAUGCCGGGCCUUGCCGGCUUUUGUUGAGUUGGUCCCUGGGGAGUGUGUGCAAACGCUCUAUUGAACGAAACGUAUAGCACAAGAUCAUGAAAGCUCUUAUUCAAUAUCACGUGAUCAUAAUCAGCCAAUUAAGUAAGUAAGGUGUUAUAUAGUGUGAGUAGUGUCAAUAAUAUAUCAACAAGCUCUCGUUGGUAGGGAUGCAACUACCUGAAAAAUAUAAGGAGAAUUUCGACGUUUCGAGCGAGGGACCUUGAUUUUUUUAUUUGGGGUCAAAGCGAGGGUCGAAGACCCAAGGAAAUUUUUGAAUUUAGAGUCUCUGAAAUGCCAUUUCCUGGACUUUGUGGAAGAUUUGACAAAAUUCUGAUGGUCAAAAAACAGCGUUUUAGUAUGUCGAAAUUUACUAAAUGGGCGUAGGCCGUAUUUGAUUAACUAUAUAUUGGAUAAGUUGCUGGAACUGGGUAAUAUCUUCAUUCUUUGCACUUUUUCAUGGAUAAUGUAGCCGGCGCUUAAAAUUGAUCAAUUGUCAGUAUUUUAAAGGUAUAUUAUUUAAAUGGUAAAGUCUGCAUGAUUUUGAAAAAAAGAAUGAUUAUUAGAAAAUUAUUGGGGUGGCGCAGCCCCAGUCCCGUUGCUACGGCCCUGACCUUCGUCUGGGCCUUCGCUCGAAACGUCGAAAUUCUGCUUAUAUUUUUCAAGUAAUUGCAUCUCUACCAACGAAAGCUUGUUAAUGUUAUAUAAUAUGUAUUAUUUUGUAAGAUUUCUAAGAGAAUCUUUCAACCUUUUAGGUUUUACAUCUCCCACCGCAAUGAUCAAUUUGCCAAUAAGCCAGUUCCUAGAAUUUAACUCUUCUCACCUGGCAUACAAGAGAGAGAAAUUAGAAAUGAUUUUCCGUAAAAACGAAACUGUUGCGGGUGUCUUGGUUACUGUAGCGACAGGUACAUUACCAGAAAUAUUGCACAGGAUUUCCUUUUGAAAGGAAAUGUUUGCAAAAUGAAGGAAAUUUGAAGGAAAUAAAUUUUAAGGGAAAUGUGAAGGAAAUUCUAGAAGAACAAAGGAAAUUUGAAGGAAAAUUCAGAAUAUCGCCAAAAUUGGUAAUAUUUACAGUCGAUUUCACGAAACUUUGACCACAAAUGUUCCGAACUUCGUUGCGAAGUUCGCAAGUUCGUUGUGAAGUUUGGAAGCUCAUAUUGGAAUUCACAAGCCAAUUUGUAAACAAAGUCCCUGAUUGGUCCGUGAAGUAAAAGAAGCCAAUCA